AAAACCACUUCCCCGCCCGGAACCCGCCGGCUCGGCUCUUUCCUGACGUGGCGAGCCGUUAAAGGUCUGCCGGUUCAUCCGUGGGCUGCGACGAUUGGGCAGACUACAAGUUUGGAGAUUUUUGACAAAAAUGCGCAAACAGGCUCCCUCAGACGCAAUGUCUAGCAGAUAGUUGGAGAAAAGAGAUUGGAUUUUGGAGGUGACAGCUGCGCAGUCAUGCCUCAGCUGACGGCCGCCGCGGCGCUGCAGCUCGUGCUGCUGCUCUCCGCUGUGCCCGCGCAGUACCUCAUCUCCCGGUGGAGCGGCUCCACGGCGGCGCAGCGCUACCACGCGACCACACGGUUGCUUAGAAUUUGGAAACAGUGGAGAGCAUCAUACCUCAAUGGCACUGCAUGGGUGGACUGGGCAAACCAGCAGAUGUCCUAUGUCAAGUCUCUGGUUGGCUUGGAAGACCAAGUGGCACACCAGUUGCCUCCUGUAGAGUCCAUGCUUUAUGACAAUGACCAGGGCUUCUUUGGAGCAUCCAAAACAGUACGCAGCCCUCGUCCUCCGUAUGUGUUUCUACGAGUCGGAGAGGUGGUGAUGGACAGGAAUCGUCAUAUGGUUGGGGUGGUGGUGAGCUGGGACCCUGAACUGCGAGCCCCUUCAGAGUGGGUCGACAUGAUGUAUUCCAGCCCUGAGGGCAUCGCAGCAGAGAACACGCCUCAUUACAAGGUCCUGUUCAGCGGCCCUGGACCCUCCUCUCUUUUAGUCGCGUAUUUGCCGCAGACACAACUGGAGCGCAUCACUGGGAUGAGGCCGGACAUUCCCACCUUGGAGAAUUACUUCACACAUUUUGAUGGGGAGCGGUUCAUCAUGCAGCCCUGGCUCAGAGAGCUCUUUCCUGAAGAUGAGGUCAAUGAUGCCUGACUGCUCUGUCUGAAACAUCCAUCCAGCUGACAGUUUCAUUUUCCUCCUCCUGUGGUGUUUUUGAACUAGAACUCAAGUUCUUUUCCUGUCUAGGGAAUCCACUGGAAUCAGUUUCGCCAUUGUUUAAACAAUUCCAGAGUUUGUGCAGGUCAAGGCUAAUCAUCAAAUCCCUCCUUGCUGGAUCUCAAUGUGAGGGUGUCUUUGGAGAAUUAGAGACCAUUAAUAAUGGGGCAUAUGAAGAAAUGUUGUAAUUAAUCUCUAAUGAAGACUUUGAGCUAUCAGUUGUCCAGCUUUUAUUUGAUUUGUACAAAUAUACAGUAUUUUACUUUUAUGUGUCUAAAAAUAAUCUAAUCUGUUUCAUUGAUUUUAAAAUUCAGACUUGAAUGAUUGGCACAUUUAAGUUAAAUGAUAAUGGUGAAUGCUUGAAGUUGCUUUGAAAAUCUAGAUCAUUUUUUUAACUGAUGUGAUUGUGUUGGCUGCGAUGAGGUCAAAAAAACAACCAAAAAAAAAAAAAAAAAAAACUUGAAAAGCUGCACUUUUAAUCAGCCACAUCUAUGCAAUAAAAUGUUUUAAACUGUGACAA